AUGUCGAAGAUAUCAUCUGACGAUGAAGUAUUUUUGGCUCCUGAGAUGAAUGCAUUUGGUCGCCAGUUUAGAGAUUACGUUGCAGAUAGCGAGAGACAGAAAAGCGUCGAGGAGUUCUAUAAAACACAACACAUUAGCCAAACUUUGGACUUUGUAAAGAAAAUGAGAAAUGAUUAUGGAAGAUUGGACAAGAUGGUGAUGAACAAUUGGAAAUGUUGCGAACUUCUUAACGAAGUUGUGGAUGAGAGUGAUCCUGAUUUAGACGAACCACAAAUUCAACAUUUGCUUCAAUCCGCAGAAGCUAUUCGUAAAGAUUAUCCUAAUGAAGAUUGGCUUCAUCUCACUGCUCUUAUUCAUGAUCUUGGGAAGGUUCUUACUCUUCCACAGUUUGGAGGGUUUCCUCAAUGGGCUGUUGUUGGUGACACAUUUCUUGUUGGAUGUGCAUUUGAUGAAUCUAACGUACACCACAAGUAUUUUAUGGAAAACCCUGAUUUUCACAACCCAAAUUACAAAACAAAAGUUGGGAUUUAUUCUGAAGGAUGUGGACUAGAAAACGUUUUCAUGUCAUGGGGCCAUGAUGACUAA